AUGACCCAAGGUAAAACUCCCGAUGGUUCCCGAGCCGAAAGCCACCUGGGCAUUCCAAGGUUGGUUGGUGGACAAGGGGAGAAUGAGCUCGUCCAAUCAGAGAUUUUAUACAAACCCGAAGCAACGGUCCAUGGGAUUUUGACUGCCCACCUAGGCAAUGGGUUUUCAGCACCCGUGCUCUACCAGGUUCCUGGAACCGGGGAUUCCAACCUUGGACGGGUAUAA